AUGCCAGGGACGUACGCGGAGAAGUCAUCGGGCUCCAAGGAGGCGGUGAUGUCACGUUCGGCCAGCCCGAGCUCCGUACAGCGGGCAGUCUCGAGCCUACCACGAAGCUAUUCGAGCUUCCUCUUGCACAAUGCCUCUCGGAUCAGCAGCAUCGAGUCCAGCCUGCGCUCACUCAGCUGGUUCCUCCCGGGCAGGUUUCAGGACUCGGAGAUGGCCAGCGAAGCUCUCUAUGCUUUCCUCAACGUCUUGGGGAGCUAUCACGACUCGAUCCUCGUCAGAGCUGCAGACGCUCUGCCGGAAGCGAGCAAGCUCAAACGACAAGCGGCAGGCCUGACGAGCAAGAUCAGCAGUCAUGCUCGCUAUACACGCUGGUGGUGUGACAACAGCGCCCUCUAUCGGACCGUCGCGCGCUGUCUCAGCAUCGUCGGCUUCCUCGAGCUGCUCACAGAGAUGGCGGCGAGGAAGCGGCUGGGUAGCGAAGCACGCUGGGAUGUCGUGCUCGGUCUAGAGAGCUUCAAAGCCAUGCUUAGGAUACUGCUGCUCCGGCUGACCAAGCGCUCACUGCUCACACCGCCCGUGCCAGAACGAGAGAUCGACCCUGCACUCAUGCUAGACACACACCAGACAUCGCUAGAAGGCCAGCCACCUCACGCACGCUUGAUCAAUCACAGCGACGCGCCCCUCGCCCAUGGCAAUGGCCACGCCAAUGGGCACGCGAAUGGCCAUGCAGACCCGACCUAUUGGAAGGGCUCACGCACUGGUUAUGUCCAUCCGACGUUGCUCUCACUGCGCUCCCCGCCAGCCAACGGAUCUGCGCAAACCGAGAAGCCAAAGACCGUCAGCGAUUUCUUGCUCACAAAGGUCUUGACGAUCGAAGAAGCAAUGCCCGCUCAGCAGCUCGUCAAACCCGUUGAUACGGUAGCGGGUAGCUUUGGCGAGCUGUUAUACAUCUUACGGCCUGUCAUCUAUGUCGCAUUGAUGCGCAAGUAUGGCGUGCGCAACAUCAAGCCGUUCGUUACAUCUAUCACUGUCGAGUAUCUUGCUCUCGUCCUCCGCAACAGAGGCUCUGCGAGCAGCCGAGCCAUGGCAAAGAGUGCAGUCAAGAUCAGCGAAGCCGAAAAGACAGAGAUCGCGAGGAGGAACCGGCAAUUCUACUGGUAUCUCAUGCGAGGUCCUCUCUGGGAACAGUGGACCAGGCCCAAAGUAGAAAGUCUCGCGAGAUCGUUCGAAAGCAAGCCUCUACUCGGCUUUAUCGCCUCGAUCUUGCAGACUUACACGCCCCUCAUCGACGAUCUAUACUACUAUUCGAGCUGA